CUAACAAGAAAGAAGAGGACACUAGAUGAUUAUUGCAAAGCCAAAAGAGACAUGUUUGUUCUGUUUCGUUGAUUCAUAAUCAAAGCUUGGACCAUUGGAAUCGUUUGCGUGAUGAGUUCAUCAUCAACAACUAGCUCACUGAAAAAUCCAUGGCUUCGGUUCAUGCAUCGGAGAUUUCAAGCAUCAAAACAUUUGCAGAAUCAAACGGAGCCUCAACAAUCCCUUCCACCUACCACUCUCUCACAGAAGAAUCCACUGAUGUUGUUGUUGCAGACGAGCUUGCAGCUUCCAUUCCAGUCAUUGAUUUGUCCCUCCUCACUUCAAAUGACCCUCAAAUCCACGCCAAAGCGGUGCAUCAACUCAGCAAGGCCUGUGCUGAAUGGGGUUUCUUCAUGCUCACAAAUCAUGGAAUUCCUGAGGAUCUGAUGGAAGAGGUCAUGAAGAAGUCCCAUGAGUUUCAUGACUUGCCGAUGGAGGAAAAGGAGGAGUUUGGUGACAAAGGCACUUUCUCACCCAUAAGGCAUGGCACCAGCUUCAAUCCUCAAGCAGAGAAGGUUCAUUAUUGGAGAGACUAUCUCAAAGUCAUUACAGGUCCUGAGUUCAACUUCCCCCACAAACCACCAGGUUAUAGGGAGGUUGCAUUUGAGUAUACUCACAAAAUCAGAGCUUUGGCGAGGAACUUGCUUCAAAGAAUAUCAGAAAGCCUGGGAUUACAAUCCAAUUCCAUAAUUGAGUGCUCUUGUUUUGACUCUGGUUUACAGAUUUUUGCUGUGAACAUGUACCCACCAUGUCCACAGCCACACCUUGCUCUUGGGUUGCCUCCGCAUUCAGAUCAUGGCCUUCUCACCUUUUUGAUGCAGAAUGGAAUUGGAGGGCUUCAGGUUAAGCAUGGUGGCAAAUGGGUCAGUGUGGAUCCCCUUCCCAAUUGCCUAGUUGUCAACAUUGGAGAUCAACUUGAGGCUGUGAGUAAUGGGAGAUACUCUAGUGUCUUGCACAGAGCAACCCUUAACAACACAGACACUAGGAUUAGUGUUGCGGUGGUGAAUGGACCUGCACAAGAUAAGAAAAUUGGACCUGCGCCUGAGCUAUUGGAGAAAGAAAAGCCAUUGUACAAAAGCAUCAAGUACCAGGACUAUUACCAGAUUCAGCAGAAGACACAACUUGUUGAUAAAAGUGGCUUGGAUCAGAUCCGGUUGAAUGCUCAAUGAUUAUAUAUUUUUCUGAUAUAGUCUGUAUAGAACAUGAUAUGGGAAUUACCCAAAUUUAAGGAUAUGAAGAUAGUUAAUGCUAAUGGUAUUUAGCUUGCAGUAUGGUAA